AUAUAAUAUAAACUACAAACUACAAAUUUUGGGACAUAAAUUCCAAUAAAGGUAAUCUCGACAGAGAAUAACAUAAAUUACCAAUUGAACUUGGACAACUUUACACUGAGAUGCCAUGAGAUUGAGUUUUAUAUGCAUUCUAUGAUGUAUUUCGAUCCAAUCUUGGACAAAAUCGUCCUCGAGAUUACCCCACAAAAUUCAUGUAAAACACAAAAAAUCUCGAAACUUCUUCAAUGAAUCUCGAAGAAAUUUCAUCAAUUUCGAGUGAGAUUCUUCAUAUACAUAGGUCAAGAUUGAUGAAAUGGUCAAGAUUCAUCGAACAAAACCACAUGCAUUAACUUAAAAUCUAGUUUUACAUCCAACUAUAAGAGAAAACUAACUACAUAUUUUCCCAUCUAGCUCAGAUUUAACAGAAAAACACUAUAACAAAACCUAAAAUCCAACCCUAAACUGAGGAUGACUUCUUAAAAUUUUAAGAAGCAAAAAUUAGACAAAUCUCAUUGUUUGGAAGCAAAAAUUAGACAAAUCUUAUUGUUUGGAAGCAAACGUUUUUCGUUUCGACCGAAAUGAUCAUAGAGUUUAGGGUAUUGUGAGAAUAUCUAACCUUCGAGCUUUGAAGUGUAUGUUGGUCAUUUAAUAAUACCCUUUAUUUUGAAAUUUAAAAACAAAACUCCAGACUUUCGGUCAGGACAUGGAUCGAGAAAUUAUGUUGAAACGGGUUUGGUUGAAAUAUAUUAUAUAUAAUAUAUAUAUAUAUAUAUAUAUAUAUAUAUAUAUGAGAGUAUUACUUUUAAAAUGGAAAACGAGAAGUUUGCUAUUUCUCGCAAUUUUCUAAUCUAUUUCUUCUUCCUUUGUCACUCACGAACAGCCCCACCCUCCCUUCGACGGGCACUUCACCUCCACUGAACAACCCGCGCCGCAUCCUCUGUUGUCUGUCAGCCAUCCUGCACGUUGCCGUUAGCCACGUUGCAUUAGAUAUGGAUAGCCGCGCCUGGUGUCUGCUUCUAACCGAGCUACGCCGCCGCAUUUCUUCGCAGCUGCUCAGUUUCGGCCACCGAGAAUUGAGGCCCAACGUCGAAUCCCUCUCUCAUGUUACAAUUUGUCAUUGGUGAAGCUUGGUCUAUGUCGUUGAAGCUAUUUUUUAUUUGAAUUUUGGAAGAGUUUGAACUGCUAUCCAGCUGGUUGGAUGCUCGAAAUUGGCAUUUUGGCACGAAUGGGGUAAAACUGAAGUGGGAAGUGCUUAUAGUCCUAGAGUAUUGAGCUAUUACUGACACACUCAUACAAAUUGCUUAUUGACCCAUCAAAAAUUAAAGUUUGGGGUUUUGUUUCGCAAUGGGAUUUUUACGCACACAAGUAGUUUUGAUGCUUAGACUCCGGCUGAGCCAAUUUCACAUACGCUUUGCUUUCUCUUCCACGUUCACCUCACUUUCUGAUUCUCACUACCCUAACAAUUGUCUUCACUCUUUUUUUUCAAAACCAAAUUUAACGUUCCAAUCUCUUCUUCAGUUUCAUUCUCUCAUUAUCACCACUGGAAAUUCCAACAAUGUCUUCUUUGCCACAAAGCUCAUGGCCUUCUAUGCCUAUCAUAGGAAACCUGCGUUCUCCACACAUUUGUUUCGAUUGAUUCAUUCUAAGGAUAUAUUUCUCUGGAAUUCCAUUAUCCAAUCCCACUUCUCCAAUGGUGAUUACCAACGAGCAUUUGAUUUCUACCUUCAGAUGCGAGCUUCGAGUAGCCUGCCAAACCAAUUUACAGUUCCCAUGGUAGUUUCCACUUGUGCAGAAUUGAUGAUGUUCAACCAUGGCAUGAACAUUCAUGGGUUGACUUCAAAACUUGGGCUUUUUGUUGGUAAUUCUGCUAUUGGUUCUUCUUUCAUAUAUAUGUAUUCUAAAUGUGGUCAUGUAGAAAGUGCUUCUAUCAUGUUCAGUGAAAUUACUGUUAAAGAUGUGGUUACUUGGACUGCACUUAUAGUUGGGUACGUUCAAAAUAACGAGAGUGGGAGAGGUUUGAAAUGUUUGUUUGAGAUGCAUAGGAUUGGGGGGACUCCAAAUUACAAAACAAUAGGCAGUGGGUUUCAAGCUUGUGUUGAUUUAGAUGCUUUAGUAGAGGGUAAAUGCUUACAUGGUUUAGCUUUGAAAAAUGGAUUUCUCUGUUUUGAAGUUGUUAAAUCUACUAUUCUCUCUAUGUACUCAAGGUGUGGGUCACCUGAAGAAGCUUAUCGUUGCUUUUGUAAAUUAGACCAAAAAGAUCUCAUCUCUUGGACAUCAAUCAUUGCAGUUCACUCUAAAUUUGGGUUAAUGAGUGAAUGUCUACAUUUGUUUUGGGAGAUGCAGGCCAGUGAAAUAAUCCCAGAUGAAAUUGUGAUCAGUUGCAUGCUUAUGGGGUUUGGUAAUUCUGAUAGAAUUUUUGAAGGAAAAGCUUUCCAUGCUAGGAUUCUGAAACAGUGUUGUGCAUUGAGUGGAAUAACCCAUAAUGCAUUACUCUCCAUGUAUUGUAAGUUUGGACACUUAGGUACGGCAAAUAAGAUCUUCCACAGUUUCCAUAAAAGCAGUGAAGAUUGGAGCACAAUGAUAUUAGGAUAUAGCAAUAUGGGGCAGAAAGAAAAGUGUAUUUCCUUUUUAAGGGAGAUGCUCCUCUUAGGCAGAGAACCUGAUUUGAAUAGUUUAGUUUCAGUCAUUUCUUCAUGUUCACAAGUUGGAGCUAUCAAUAUUGGUCGGUCCAUUCACUGCUAUGCGAUUAAAAACUCAAUAAUUGAAAAUGUAUCAGUAGCUAACUCACUCAUGGACAUGUAUGGAAAAAGCGGUCACGUAACUGCCACAUGGAGAAUAUUUCAUAGAACACUACAAAGGGACGUUAUCUCAUGGAACACGUUGAUUUCGUCCUACAAGCAAAGUGGGAUUCUUGCUGAAGCAAUUAUUUUAUUUGAUAAAAUGGUUAAAGAAAAGGUUUACCCAAACAAAGUUACUUGUAUAAUAGUUCUUUCGGCAUGUGCUCAUCUUGCAUCCUUAGAUGAAGGUGAAAAGAUCCACCAGUAUAUAAAGGAAAACGGAUUUGAGAGCAAUAUUACUAUUCGUACUGCAUUGAUUGAUAUGUAUGCAAAAUGUGGGGAGCUCGAGACAUCAAGAAAAUUGUUCAACUCAACGGAAGAGAGAGAUGUUAUUUUGUGGAAUGUCAUGAUAUCAAAUUAUGGGAUGCAUGGACAUGUAGAAUCUGCAAUGGAGAUCUUCCAACUAAUGGAAGAGUCAAAUAUUAAACCGAAUGCACAAACCUUUCUUUCUCUUCUCUCAGCUUGUAAUCAUACAGGGCAUGUGCUAGAAGGAAGACAUCUAUUUGAUAGAAUGCAGAAAUAUGGUAUUGAACCUAGUCUGAAGCACUAUGCUUCUAUCAUAGAUCUUCUUGGCAGGUCGGGUAGUCUUGAAGCAGCCGAAGCUUUGGUUUUAUCAAUGCCCAUCACACCUGAUGGCACUGUUUGGGGCUCCUUGUUAAGUGCAUGUAAAAUUCACAAUGAAUUUGAAGUAGGGGUAAGACUUGCCAGAUAUGCAAUUGAGUCUGAUCCAAAAAAUGAUGGGUAUUAUAUAAUAUUGUCUGACUUGUAUAGUUGCUUGGGAAGGUGGGAUGAGGUGGAAAAAGUGCGUGAUAUGAUGAAGAAAAGAGGGGUGGAGAAGAGAGCUGGCUGGAGUGCCCUAUGAAUGAAGUAAUUGCUUUCAGUAUUGCUUGAAAACAUUUCAUACCUUGAAUUGACCAACUUCAUAGAAAUCUCAGGAAGUAUUUCAGAGGAUUAGAUUUGACAAUCAAAAUGAGAAAAGUUGGAUCCACAAUCUCUCCAUUGUUGUUCCUUCGAAUUGUCACAUUUGGAAGAUUAAAAUUUCGAAAAAGGUGAAAUUUUUUUUAUGGUCGCUCGCUUACAGAAGCCUUAACACUCAAGAGAAGCUACAAAAAAAAAUUCAGUAUACUAUGCUUAGCCCCUUGAUGUGUUGACUUUGCUUAAAAGAAGAGGAAAUAUUGGACCACUUAUUUUUGCACGGUCUCUUUACUAGGAAAGCUUGGAGCACUUUGUUUAGAAAUUUUGAUUUGGAGUUGUCUCCCUAGUAAGGUUGAUAGCAAGUUGAUUGAAGGGCUCAACAUUAGAGGUUAUAGCCCGAAAGGAAACAUCUUGUGGAAAUGUGCUACUUGGUCCCUUUUGUGGUGCAUUUGGAUAGAAAUGUAUGGAUAGAAAUGUAUAGUAGAAUUUUUUAAUAUAGCUAUAAUUCUUUUGAUUCUUUUUGGACUGUGUUGCAACUCACAGCUUCUUGGUGGAGUACAAAUUACACCAAACACUUUUGUAAUUAUAGUCUUUCAAUGAUAUUCAACAAUUGGAAGUUCAUCAUUUUUUAGUUUCUUUUGGGGAGGGUCCUCUUGUUCCUUGCCCUUAGGUUGUUCUAUUUUGUUAUAUGAAUAUACAUGUUUUUUAUAAAAAAAUAUUAUAUAGUA